AUGUGGAGAUAUACCUGGUGGGAGAUCUGGGAAGGCUGUGGGCAUUACCAUCGCGUGAUACGCGUAUUUCCAGAACCGAGCUUUAUCGCGUCGCAAAUAUGUCUUCUGCACACGGCGAAGGAGAGUUGCCUCCGGCGCGCAGAGGCAAACGUUACGUUUUUGGGUUGUCAGAUAUGCGGGCUACUUUUCGUUAGUAAUGGCUGUGAAGAUAAACUGGAUCUAUAUUACUUCUCACAACUUUCUCACAACUAUGGCUUUUCAUUUACUAUCUUCAAUUGCUUGUAUGAUUUGGCAUAA